AUGGCUCCACCAUUCUUGCAAAAAAGCGUAACUGACAGAUCGUCCAAAACUUUUCCCCUUAAAAAAAUUCAAAAAGUGUACAAGAGUUUGGAAGUUGAGGGUCAAGGUCUUGGCGAAGGGGAGUGGCUAGAUGAUGGUGGUGGAGUCAGACACACGUACGGCCCCGUGGACGGCUCUCUCUACGCGGUGGUGAGGAGCGAGCCCGCCUGCCCGGGGUCGAUGGACUCUGGAAUCUCCAGUUCGACGGUGAGGCUGGAGCAGCACCGGGAGCUGGACAAGCUGCUGUCCGACAUGCUCCUCACCGUCCGGGAUAUCCCCGACCCGGACAUACCCUACCAUGCGAGGCUAGACUCCAGGCCGUUCACUUACGGAGGGCUCGCGUCACCCAGUCUUGUCAGGAAGGCUAGCCCUCAACAGCAGGCAUCCCCAGAUUUCCAUGAAGGGUAA